AUGGUGUAUAGCAACAUAUCGCAUUAUACCGGUCUCAACGCGGCUCUCCUUUUGGCGACUAGUUGGUGUUGGAGUGAGCGAGACAGCGAUGAGGAGGGGAUCUCUGUUUGGUUUGGCGUCAAAUUUCGCUUGCAGGGCGCUAGGGCAGGGCGGGCCAGGCACAAGACUGUGAUUGGUCUGGUGACUAAAAACGGUGCGUUUUGCCGUUUCGAGCAAUCCAUUCUUUCCUCAGUCCGCUACACAAACACCUACUCAACCCACGUUCUUUCUCACGACACACUCGCUGUCCGGUGUAUCCUCUGCAAGGUGAGCUUUGUCCCCGGCUCCACACUCGCGCUUUCGAAACAUUGUUUGCCUCCGCACAAUCAGUCGCCCUCCAGUAGUAUCGUCAUACUCGUCUCAAUCGCUAAUACCAAUCGGUAUCCAUCAGUCCAUGCAAGCAUCACCAUUCUACGCAGAACCUACCGUCGUAAACAAUUUUACCUUCGUUCAACAAUCAACAUGAUUAACUUACAUCAUCUCCUCCGUCGCGACGACGAACAAGAACAAAAGGACGGAAUGAAUCCAACCAUUUCCAGCCUUCUUAUCGCGCUUAUGUGCCUUGUCGUUGUCGCACUUAUUGCCGUCGGUGCGCUAUUUGUGCUUCGUCACCUGCGCAGAUCGAGAAAAGCAGCCGAAACCCUUCCCAUGUACAACGAGAAACGAUCAUCAGCCUCGAGCCGCGGCCUUACAAUCACAACGCCGACUUCAGAGACUGGACGCCCCGACUCCGUGCUCAUAUACAACGAAAAGCAACAAUUGAUGGAGAAAUCCCUCAACACACCAGACAGCCCUGUCCCCGAGAUUCGCAUCACCUUUCCAGAAGAAUUCGAUGAAUCAGGCAAGAGACAAUCCGGAAGGGUUGUCGUCGUCCGCGUCGGCGAGACAAGUAUCGGUCUCGAGCCCUUACAAGAAGAUCUGCCGCCAUACCAGCGGGAUACACAAGAUCGGUUCCAGUCUCUUGACCUGGAUCGUAUUGGAGGGUUAAAAGAGAAGGAUAUUGCCGUAUAG